GUCAGCCAUUUGACAAGAACGCUAAAUAUCAAACCCUGGAAAUCUUUCCGGAGAUCAGCAUGACAUGACAACAUUUGGGUGAGCCACAUACUUGGCAUUUGUUCUUAAGAAAUAUGCCGUAAGUGACUGACAUCAUUGAAAACAUGUCCCGUCAAGAUACAGGACUAACAUUAAAAUCCUUAGUAGGGAUCCUCAUGGCAGUUCUGCUGACUCAUUGUGUUCUUCCAAUAAGUACAGAUUUGAAGAUUGAUGACAGUCACACAAGUCUGUCUAAAUACCUGAAAGAUUCUGUAAAAGUCACUAACCUCAGGCCAAACAGUGCCAGUGGUACCAUCAGAGAGGAUUUUGCAUUAGCAGACACAGAGGCUUUCCAGACUCUUUCAAAAGCAGGAAUCCCUGCAUCUAUCAAUGCUUUUUCUGAAACCGAAUUUAGCUGUAAAAAUGAAACACUUGGACUUGGAAAUGAAAAUGAAUUUGUAACUGGACCAUGUGAAACAAACUGGAAUGGCAAUAUAAUUUAUCAAUGUACAUCAGGUAAAUGGACAGUGUUCAGCAGGAAGUGUGUACUUCAAAUUAUUAGCGACCUUAAAAGGAAAGUUGAGGUAUUGAUUGUAGAGCAAAUACCGGAGUUUAUGGCUCAGCUCUGUAUUGCUACAAUGAACAAUUCACAACAGAUAACAGAUUCUCCUCUAACUGUCCAAACAACUGUGGAGAUACUUGUGAUCAUCGCUAGUGUCUCACAAAACAUUAUCAUCAGUGAGUCUGUCAUGGAGGAUUUCCUUAAAACAGUUGACAUCCUUGUUUCAAAUGAAGCCACUGCAUCAUGGCAAAGUUUGACAAAAGAAAACCCCAGCAUUUCUCUUCUGAGUGCUGUUGAGGAUAUAAGUAAUCGUCUCACAGAGGGCAGUUUUACCAUUAAUCAAAAAUACAUUGAAUUGAAUAGAACUGUAAUUAAUAACUCUUACACUGGGAAAUCAAACCUGCCAAACUCAGCCACUGAGAUUCUAAUACCGCAGAUUCUUAAUCCGACCUCCUUAACCAUCAUAAUCUUCACAACACUUAACAAUAUCUUACCUACACAAGAUAGUGCUAAUGGCAUUGUGAAACCAGAUAUGCGCAUCAAUGGAGACCUGGUUGUUGUUAAGGCUAAUCAAACACUUCACAGCAUGUCUUUUGUGUUUGACACCACUGAUCAGUCGUUAGGAAAUCCUCAGUGUGUCUUUUGGAACUUUAACCUCAGCGCAUGGGAUUCCACUGGAUGUGAAGUAAAGCCUGGGAGGAAUGAAACUGGAAUAAUUACAUGUGAAUGCAACCACACAGCCUCUUUUUCAAUCCUAAUGUCACCAUUUUCCAUUGAUCACAUAGCCUUUGCAUAUGUAACCUACAUAGGUGUAGGUAUUUCAGUGGCUUGUUUGAUUUUGUGCCUCAUUAUUGAAGCUAUCGUAUGGAAGGCAGUGAGAAGAAAUGACACCUCCUACAUGCGACAUGUCUCCAUAGUAAACAUUGCCAUCUCCCUGCUGAUCGCAGAUGUCUGUUUUAUCAUUGGAGCUGCAAUCUUAGAUGAAGAGCAGCUAACCCCUGCGGAUCGCUGCAGUUCAGUUGUUUUCUUCAUGCACUUUUUUUACCUGGCUCUUUUCUUCUGGAUGUUAAUUUCAGCGCUGUUGCUCUUUUACCGCGUGGUCAUGGUUUUGUCCCAGAUGUCAAGAGCCAAAAUGAUGGUCAUUUCCUUCUUACUUGGUUAUGGUGCACCCUUGCUCAUAUCAGUCAUCACUGUUGCGUCAACAGUUGGACCUCAGAUGUAUGUUUCCAAACAAGCAUGCUGGCUGAACUGGAAUGAAUCUAGGAAUCUGCUGGCAUUUGUGAUUCCAGCUCUCACUAUAGUAGCUAUAAAUCUCGUGGUUUUUAUUGUGGUUCUGUACAAGAUAUUUAAAAGAAGAGCUGGUGCUGCAACUCAACCAGAUUGGAAAAAUGCCUUGGUGGUUGCCAGAUGUGUAGCUUUUUUUACUCCUGCCUUAGCGUGUGGAAUCACAUGGGGAUUUGGAAUUGGUACCACAGUGUCAGCUGGCCUGUUUGUUCAUGUGGUGUUUGCACUCUUCAAUUCGCUGCAGGGAUUCUUCAUAUUGGUGUUUGGGACUCUUUUAGACUCCAAGGUCCGUAAGGAACUGGCAAGAUGGUUUUCACUAAGAAAUCUUAACAGCUCUAGCUGUACCAGGAUGAUCCAGCGGUAGCUGCACAGGACUCACAUUGGCUGCAGGACAUCUCAGCAUGAAUAAAAGAACAUCACCUGCUGUUAAACCCGACAAGAACAAAUGCAUGGCCAUGGCACGGGGUCGAACCCAGGUCUCCAGUGUCAGAGACUGAAGGCUUAUCCACUAAGCCACAGGAGGACAAUGAUCCCAACAACAAGACAGUACUUGCUCUGUGAGAGGUUUAUUUACAAAACAUAAAAAAUCCAGACUUGGAACAAAAAAUGCAGAGAUAACAAAAAGACUGGUUAACGGAGGAACAAAAAGGCCAACAGGCAAAAUAUCUCUGAAAAAACUAGAGCAAGCAAAACACAUCCAAAAAACUAGAAAAAGGCAAUGUAGCACAAGACUCUGAGUAAACUAGACUUUAGAGAAGCAAGAAGACUUACGACCAUCAAGGGUUAGCAUCAACAAUAACUGAGCAAAGAAACAGGGGAACUAGUCAACUUAAAUACACAAGACCUAACAGGACACAAGUGAAACCAAUCACGUAAUUACUGAACUUAAACAACACAUGGGGAGAAAUGGGGACAUCUAAAGAAACAAAAUCAUAACAUGUAAAAAAUAAAGUCAUGAAAUGACAGAUCCUGACAUUUCCAGCUUAAAUUUGUGAUUUGUGAAGCUAUAAACGAACUACUGUUGACUUUGUGCUUGACUGCACAACAUGGGGAGUAAAGGUACUUUAAUUCAUUCACUAUAGAAAUGUAUUUUUGGUUGUACAUAAUCAAAAGAAGGCUUUGGUGUAAAUUCAUUUUGACCUAAAUAUAUGUAGAAUGCAGUUUAAUUUUUCAUUAAAUUCUGGUGAAUGUAUUAUUUAUUUGUAUAGACAAUAAAAUUUGAA